AUGAAAUUAAUUUCAUUAUUAAAUUUUGUUUUAUUAUUAUUAAUAUUAACUAUAAUAAUAACAAAAACAAAAGCAAUAAAAUUUAAUAAAGAAUCACCAAUUUUUGUAAAUUUUAUACCAUUUAAAAAUGGAUUUAAUUGUCAAAGUAUAGUUAAUGGUCUUGGAUAUUCAAUUGCUUUAGAUACAUGUAUUUCAUUUGAUGGUUAUACAACAUCAUGGGAAUUUUCAUGGAAUCAAAAUACAGGAUCAAUUACUGGUACAAAAUAUAAGGGAGUUUGUAAAGCAAGCAAUCGUAAUUCAACAUCACCUUAUAGAUAUACAAAUAUGGGUUGUGAUAAAGGGGGUGAUAUAAUAUUUAAUCCAACUAGAUUACCAACUCAAGUCUAUGAUUAUAAAGUUCAAAUUUCAACAUCACCAAUUUAUCCAGCAAAAAGUUUAUAUCUUGUAACUCAAAGAUUAGAUAGUUGUUCUGGUACUGUGAUUGCAUAUGAAUUUUUAACCAAUGAAACCGUUGCAAUUGCACCUGGUAAAGUUGCAUACACUUAUUAUUGUAUGCCAAAUGGUUUACCUGAAAUGAUGGAUGAUUCAAAUGGUAUAAUUUUAAAAGGUGAUUCUUGUGAUAUGUUUAGACCUUUUAUUAAUGGUUCUUCAGAAUCUUCAUAUUCUGGAACUUCUGGUCAAAAUGUUAUUGAUAAAAGUAAAGGUAAAAGUAAAGGAAAUAUUUAUAAUAAUAAUAAUAAUAAUAAUAAUAAUAAUAAUAAUAAAAUGGGUGGUGGUGGUGGUGGUUUUGGUAAUGCACCAUUAAUUAAUUUCAAUGAUUUAGUAUUAUUUGGUAGUGGUUCAGGUGAUACUGCAUCAGGUGUAACCACUGCUCAACCAACUACUGCAAAUCCAACAAGUGCUGAUUCAACUGGUGCUGAUUCAACUGGAACUUACACUGGUGAUAAUCCAGAUGGUGGUAGUUCAACAGGUAGUUCAACUGGUGACAAUCCAGAUAGUGGUAACCCAACAGGUACUUCAACUGGUAAUCCAGAUGAUGGUGGUAGCUCAACAGGUACAAGUGGAGAUUUGAGUGGUGGUACUACUCAAUCUUCAACAAGUGGUGAUACAGGUGGUAAUAAUUCAGGUGCUUCUUCAACUACUUCUCAAACUUCUGGUUCCUCAGAAACUCAUGAAAUUUUUCUAACAAAUACUUGUUCAUCUGCUCAAUAA